CUGGCGGAGCGGAUUCGUAAUGUGGCGGCGCCGCACGGAUUGCAGAAUGUGUCGGCUUCUGGGGAAGGCGCGGCUGUGGAGGUGGAGGGGGAUGGACAUGCGCGAGGCGGCCAGUCGGUGGGAGCAGCAGGUGGGGCGCGGCGUUCAGGCGCAAGCAUGGCGGCCCCGAGGCCCAUGGGCAGCACACGAGGCGAGGACCAGCGGCGUUCCCAACCAAUCCGAGCCUCCAGGAUGUGACCUCGCCGCCAUGUGCGUCGCUCACUCUCUCCCACGUGCUGGUGGAUGUGGUGCAGCCUGGUUGGCUGGAGCCCACAGGGCUGGACGGCUUCCACGUGUGCCCCAGAUGCGGCAUCACCUGCCAGCUCGCCUGGAAUCCCUCUCUGCUGCGCGCCUGGAGGCGGACGCCACGCUGGCGGCCGCCAAGAGGGAGGGGCGCGUGGACGUGGCCGUGGGGUACGCGGCGCGCAGCGAGGUGCAGCUGACGUACGUGGACGUGGAGCGCUCGCUCAAGGCGGGCAGGCAGCACCUCCUGGCUCCCGGGAAACGGCAAGACGUCCCGGUGCACCACGCCUCGUCCAACUGCGCGGUGCCAUGGCGCUCUGACCUGCUGGCCUCGCUGCUGCGCUGCUGGCCCACCACAGCUUUGGCGCGUGCAGCAACAACAUGGGGGGAAGCAACCGCGAGGCAGCGCUGUAUCCCGAAUGCGCGCAUCCGUACGUGGGCGAGCAGCGGCAGGAG